AUGAGUCUCCGACGAACGCUCCUUGUCAUAUCUGGCAUGGUCCCAGCUUCAGGUAUAGCACAACCGCCCGAGGUGCACAAUCCAGCAUGGAAUUUUGUAACCCGAAAGGAAAUGGGCAGCGACUGGGCGCAGAUCACCUGGAAAUGGCAGCCCUCGGCCGAAGUUGCUUCAAAGACGAUGGACACAUACGACUGGCCAUACGAGGCCGAGUUCCUCAACCAGACCACUAUUACGAAUGCUGCUGACUCCUCGUCAAAGACGCAGGAGACUUGGGAGGCAACUCUUCGGCGGCUGGUUUCGUACCAGAUGUUUGUCAAGUCCAUGCCAAACGAGAGUACGAAACUGGGAAAGGGUCUCUCGGUCAAAGAAUGUAUGGAUUGGAUCACAGCGAUCGACAACCACCUGGACGCGGCGGACGCGCUUGUGGGUAGAUAUGCUCGAGUGUUGGAGGGCCUCGGCCCAGUCCUCAAGGAUGUCUGCGAGCAGACCAACAGCCCCAUAGACCCGCAAUACCAGGAGAUCGUGGACACGACGCAGGACGGGAAGCCUCGUAGGGAUUCCUGCACGGUCAAGAUGGUCGUGUGGCCGGGAGCAUUCGCCUUUGGGCUCAUGAUUAUAGGUGCGGUCCUGAUUAGCCGCCUACUCAUCUUCUUGGUCCGCGGCUCUUCGCAACGACUGCCUCCCGGACCAAAACCACUGCCUAUCAUCGGAAAUCUACGUCAAUUGCCCAAGAGCCUUCAGUGGCUUCAUUUCUAUCACUGGAGCAAGAAGUAUGGGCCUAUAAUGCAUCUGAGCGUCGCUGGGCAGCCUCUGAUCAUCUUGUCCACCAACCAAGCAGCCCAAGAUUUGCUCGGCAGGCGCAGCGCUCAAUACUCGGACCGGUCGCGUAUGGUGAUGGCAGGCGAGCUGGUCACCAAGAACAUGCACAUGCUCAUCCGUCCCUACGACGCGGCCUAUAGGCUGCACCAACGAAUGGAAGCGCCGCUCUUGAACGCCAAAGCCGCCAGUUGUUACCGGCCCCCCCAAGAGCUUGAGGCUCGACAGCUACUGUUCGACCUGCUGGGGGAAUACAACAGGUAUGGCGAGGAGGGAGUGGACUUCCAUCACCACUUUGAGCGCGCUAUGGCAAGCUUCAUCUACUGUCUGCAGUACGGUUAUGGCCUGAAGACAGGCCACGAGAAGGCUCUCCUCGACGCCAAGCGGGUACAGGGCGAAUUCGCCAGGACUGGUCAGGUCGGCGCUUACCUGGUCGACACCCUUCCGUGGCUCAACUACCUACCCAGGGCGCUGGCGCCCUGGAAGAGAGAAGGUGAGGAGCUGUACGAGCUCGAACGGGCGCUGCACGUCGGGAACCUGGAGAAAGGCUUGGACAACCCCGGCUGGAACUUCACCAAGCACAUGAGGAAUUCGAAGGAGGCCACAGAUGUGUUGACUGAAGAGCUCGCGUUCGACCUCGGCAUCAUGGCCGAUGCCGCCCUUGACACAUCGACAAAGCUGCUCGACGAAGUUGUCGGCAGAGGCCGGUUACCCGAAUUCAACGACCGUGGUCAGCUGGCAUAUAUAGACGCCAUCGUGAGCGAGACUCUACGGUGGCGAAGCGUUGUGAAAGGCGGAGUGCCGCAUUUCACGAAAGAGGCGGACAGCUACAUGGGCUACCACAUCCCCGCGAACUCGAUAGUCAUGGGGUAUCACCACGCCAUCACGCGCGACGAGUCGGUGUUCGGCGAGAAGGUAGACGCGUUCGCGCCCGAGAGAUGGCUCGCGUUCGAUGACGAUAAUGAUGGCCAGACCUUGAAGGAUCUGCCUCAGACGGGGUUCGGCUUCGGCAGGCGCAUCUGCACAGGUCGGAAUAUCGCUCGCAAUGGACUCUUCAUCGAGGUCGCCAGGCUGCUCUGGGCUUUCGAUGUCGAGCCGGGCUUGUCCGAGUCGACUGGACAGAGAUACCAGGUCAAUGACAUGGACUGUACGGAAGGGUUCGUGACUAUGCCGAAACCGUUCAGGGCUGUCCUGCGCCCGAUGGGACCUUGGGUGCGAGAUGUGAUCAAGCAGGUAGGCACUACGCAUGCAGUCGACCACGUUGCCAUUCUAGACGAGGCAAGCAGAAAUAGGGCGUCUAAGCGUGAAAUGGAUUAG